AUGCAGCCAAACGAGAGCUUUGAAGAAGUUGAACUUCUAUGGGGAGCACAACGCUCUGUUGAAGUCCUGGCACACGAUGCACGCCCGAUUUCCUCCAAUCAUUGGACCCAAAUCCUCCCCACUGAUCCCGUCUUCUUGAUGACGGAGAUUUUCUGGGAAUCAUUACAUGUCGACGAACAAUGUCUGAAGAAUAACCUCCGACUGAUGGCAGGCUAUCAGCAACUACCAGUGACAUUGUUGUUGAAUCCAUGCGGGUCUCACUCGGGAGAAUUCCACGAUAUGUUUGGCAAGACGUCCGCUUUGAGAUGGCUUAAGCGAGUUUUUGACAAGAUCGGUCUUGAUAUUGAGCAUGAAGUCUCCAUAUGGGACAUUUUGCCAAUGAUGUGUGACGGGUGGCUUGAAACUAUGGCUCGCAGUGGAUGUCAAGUGGAGCUUGAAAAGACGAUCUUACAAGGCUAUGAGCUCAUAGGUCAAUACUUGGAAAGAUUCAAGCCGCCUGCCAUCGUUGUCUUACAAUGUACUACCCAUUCGUGCAGAGAAACAAAGUACUCCUUCCUGCAAACGGUGUGCCAUCCCUUGGCAAAAGCUCUUUGUUCGUCGCUGGAGAAGGCACUUGAAGGGAAAUGCGAGACCAUCAGAUAUCGGAACCAUGAAUUUUACGUGGUGCCAGGGUUUCAUCCAAGUGCAAUCAAUUACGAACAGGAUGUUCUAGAGCGAGAUGUGCUUGCUAAGGCUCUCGAGAGAAUCUUGGUUUCGAUUUACCAACCAUAUGUGGAAGCUUCCUCUGAAUAG